UAACUUAAUGCUGAAGUAAACAAAACUAACCUUAAUUUUAGUCCACGAUAUAGUUAAGUAGAUACUAUAUAGUCCACGAUAUGAUUCCAACAAGUACAUUUAUUUGAUACUUAUCAAUCAUUAAUUAAUAUUAUAGAAUCAAAGAAGAAUUUAUCAUUAUAAAAAUGUCGAGACCAGAAUAUUCAGCACCUCCAGAAAUUUUCUAUAAUGAGAGAGAAGCUAGGAAAUACACACAAAAUUCUCGUAUCAUCGACAUUCAAGUUCAGAUGUGUGAAAGAGCAAUUGAACUUUUACUUUUACCAGAAGACAAACCCUGCUUUUUAUUGGAUAUAGGUUGUGGUUCUGGACUAUCUGGAAGUGUCUUAGAGGAUAAUGGACAUAUUUGGAUUGGGAUGGAUAUUUCUUCAGCUAUGUUAGAUGUUGCCGUUGAAAGAGAAGUAGAGGGAGACCUAAUGUUGGCCGACAUGGGUCAAGGAAUUCCUUUUCGUGCAGGAGUUUUUGAUGGAGCUGUCAGCAUCUCUGCCCUCCAAUGGUUAUGUAAUGCUGAUAAAACAGCACACAAUCCAGUUGAGAGGUUGAAUAAAUUUUUCAGUAGCUUAUAUGCUUGUCUUAGCAGAUCAGCAAGAGCAGUUUUACAGUUUUACCCUAUAAGUAGUGGCCAGGUAGAUUUAAUAACACAACAAGCUAUGAAGGCAGGAUUUUAUGGAGGUGUUGUGGUAGACUACCCUAACUCUACUAAAGCAAAGAAAUUUUUUUUGGUAUUAAUGACAGGUGGAAACAUGGCAUUACCCAAAGCACUUGGAAGUGGUAACGAUGUAAAUAUUUCAAAACGUGAAAGGUUGAAGAAUGCUAAAGGAAAGUCCUUGAAAAGCACCCGAGAUUGGAUCUUGGAUAAAAAAGAAAGGAGAAGGAGGCAAGGUAAAGAAACAAGAGCUGAUUCGAAAUAUUCAGGCAGAAAAAGGAGUUCAAAAUUUUAACUAUUUUAAUUUUCAUUGUGUAUACAUAAUCUUUAGGAAUGUAAAUAAAUUAUCAUAAACAAA